AUGGAAGUUUCACACUCACUUCCCGGGUGUACUGUCAAACCCCCCCCCCCCCCUCUCUCUUUGCAAGGAGAAUACCAGAGGAAGUUGUAUAAUGAGCUGAUGACCAAUUAUAAUCGUUUGGAGAGGCCAGUCCUCAAUGACUCCGCCCCCAUAGUGGUGGAACUGGGCCUGACCUUGCUGCAGAUAAUAGAUGUGGAUGAAAAGAAUCAGGUCUUAAUUACAAAUGCCUGGCUACAGCUGUCAUGGAACGAUGUUUAUUUGACUUGGAAUCCUGACAAUUACCCUGGUGUUCAGAACCUACGCUUCCCAUCCAGUCAGAUAUGGACCCCCGAUAUCCUGCUUUACAACAGUGCCGAUGAGAGAUUUGAUGCCACUUUUCACACGAACGUCCUCGUGAACUAUUCUGGAGCAUGCCAGUACAUACCACCAGGUAUUCUAAAGAGCACGUGUUACAUCGACGUGCGCUGGUUUCCGUUUGACGUACAGAAAUGCGAUCUGAAGUUCGGGUCGUGGACACAUAACGGUUGGCUGUUGGAUUUACAGAUGCUGGCUGUGGACAUUUCCACAUAUAUACCCAACGGAGAGUGGGAUCUCGUGGGUGUCCCUGGGAAACGUAAUGAGUUGUAUUACGAGUGCUGUAAAGAGCCGUACCCUGACGUCACGUUCACGGUGACCAUGCGGCGACGGACGCUGUACUACGGGCUGAAUUUACUCAUCCCCUGUGUGCUGAUAUCAGGACUGGCCCUGCUAGUGUUUCUACUGCCCGCAGACUCAGGAGAGAAAAUAUCCCUGGGAAUCACUGUUUUGCUCUCUCUGACUGUCUUUAUGCUUCUGGUUGCGGAGAUUAUGCCAGCCACCUCUGACUCCGUCCCCUUAAUAGCUCAGUACUUUGCCAGCACUAUGAUGAUAGUAGGUUUGUCCGUGGUGGUUACCGUCCUUGUGCUCCAGUUUCACCAUCACGACCCGCAAGGUGGAAAAAUGCCAAAAUUUAUCCGCGUGAUACUGCUCAACUGGUGCGCCUGGUUCCUCCGCAUGAAGAAGCCGGGGGACGACCGGAAGGCGGCGGGUUACAAGUACGGCCGCCCCCCCCAGCACCACGCCAGCGCCAGCAGCAUCCAGAUGGGCGCCAUUCCGGGUCAGCCCCCCGGCACCAACGGCCACAUGAACAUUUACUUCGGCUACCACUCCAUGGAACCCCAGUGCUGCCCGCCCAGCAGCGACUCCGGGGUGUCCUGCGGCCGGACCAACAGCUCGCCCAACGAGGAGGCUGAGGCCACGAGGCCGCUGGCCGAGCACGGGCCGGAGAUCCAGCGCAUCCUGGCGGAGGUGACGUACAUCGCCCAGCGUUUCCGGGAGCAGGACGAGGGGGAGGCGGUGUGCAGCGAGUGGAGGUUCGCGGCCGCGGUGGUGGACCGGCUGUGCCUCGUCGCCUUCUCCCUCUUCUCCAUCAUCUGCACCUUCACCAUCCUCAUGUCCGCCCCCAACUUCAUCGAGGCUGUGUCCAAAGACUUCACAUAA